GCCAGACGAUGGGGGCUUGCCGAAGAAGGAGCCAGGGAGUUUGUUUCAGCUAGAAGGAAAGGUGACGAACGACCUAGGGGGAUCGAGUGUAGGAGAUGCGGGCAGUGCUGCGCCUGGCAGUAGUGGCAGUCCCUAUGGGUGUGCUGCUGUCUCGCACCAUGGCGUGGAUGUCCAGUGGCAAAACACAUCCGGAGCUCAUCAGCAGGCUAAGGGAUCAUGGAGUGAUCCACAGCGACCAAGUGUUCAAUGCCAUGCUGGCUACUGACAGAGGGAUCUACUCCAAAGACUAUCCUUAUGCAGACUCUCCUCAGUCUAUAGGGUACAGGGCAACCAUCAGUGCACCACACAUGCAUGCUCAUGCUUUGGAGCUUUUAAGUGACAAACUAACUGAAGGGGCGUCAGCGCUGGAUGUGGGCUCAGGAAGUGGAUAUCUCACUGCCUGCUUUGCAAGGAUGACAGGGCCUAGUGGAAGAGUGGUCGGCAUUGAACACAUCGAUGAGCUGGUUCAGAUGUCAAUAAAAAAUGUGCAAGCAGAUGACCCAGAUCUGCUCACCUCUGGACGUAUCAGACUUGUUGUGGGAGAUGGAAGGCUCGGCUUCCCAGAGGGAGCACCAUAUGAUGCCAUUCAUGUUGGGGCAGCUGCAGCUACCGUUCCAAAGUCUCUCUUGGAGCAGCUGAAGCCUGGUGGCCGCUUGGUUCUCCCGGUGGGACCUGAGGGUGGAAGUCAGGUGCUAGAGCAGUAUGACCGUCAGAGUGAUGGGACCUUUCUCAAGAGAGCUUUGAUGGGAGUGAUUUAUGUCCCGCUGACUGACAAGAGGCACCAGUGGCCAGGAGGUGAGCUCUGACUGCAGUGUGGUUGCCCCUGCAGGAGAUGGCGUUGGUGCUGCAUCUCUGGGGCCCCAUAAUGCUCCUCGUGGUUUCACUGAGCUUACGUCUUAACGGCCACCUGCUCUGCUGGGUUGUCACCUAGCAACGUCAAAGGAGGAUCUCAGACUGUUUGCCUGACGAGAUUGUCUUCCAAGAGUGCUACAACAGUGAGUGACAGAAUGAGUAACCACAGCUGGGCUGAUGACUCAGAAUCCUUUGAGUCAGCGCGGAUACUGUAGGGAUAAUGUGGAAGAUUUAACUGACUUCUCUAUUAUUCAUGGGAAGUCGGUAAUGUUCAGUAAUGAGGGAGAUGCAAUUAUUGUUUGAAAAGCUGCAGUAUGUUAUUUUUUCCUGAAUGAUUGUUCUGAAUUCAACUGAAUGGUACAUUCGCUUGUGGAUGUGUGAUAUUAAGGGAAUGAUUUGAUUGGUUAUGAAAUAACAGGUGACUGAUACUAAUCAAAGGGAACGCAAUGGAAUUAUUUGACAAAUUAACAAAGUUAUUUACUUUUUGGUAAGAGGUUUCUUACUGGCUUCAUUGUCUAUGUAGGUUAAUACACGCAGAUGAGGCAAAGUGCCAAAAAUGGUUAAUUAAGGCACCUUUUUUAUUAUAAAAGCAAAGAGUUAAGUGUACAACUUCAAGAAUUAUUAAUAAAAGGAAAUAA